GCCGUAGGUGCGGCGCGCAAGGGGUGCACCCAGCGCGGCGACCGCGGACCCGUGCCCCGCGCUGUCGCCGGGAGCUGGAGGAGGCGACAUGUAGCAGCGGCAGCCGCAAACCCACCUAGUCUUAGCAACUCUUUUUUUUUUUUUUUGGCGCGGCGGGGGGCGCGGCAACAUCGAAUCUCCACCCCCCUUCUCUGGCCCACUCCUUCGCAAGGGGCUCGGGAAGGGCGGGAGCCGUAAGUCGGAGUUGGCCCUGUGACACCCCCGCACCGAGGGGCACCAUGACCGAGGAGAGCGCCGACGUCCCCAGGGAGCUGCUAGAAAGCAUAAAGGAUGUUAUUGGCAGGAAGAUAAAGAUUGCAGUGAAGAAGAAAGUGAAGUUGGAAGUUAAGGGAGACAAAGUUGAAAACAAAGUGCUGGUGCUCACGUCAUGCCGGGCCUUCCUGGUGACAGCGCGCAUCCCCACCAAGCUCGAGUUGACCUUCAGCUACUUGGAGAUUCAUGGUGUGGUGUGCACCAGGCCAGCACAGAUGGUUGUGGAGACAGAGAAGUGCAACAUUUCCAUGAAGAUGGCGUCGCCAGAGGAUGUGAGCGACAUCCUCGGUCACAUUGGUACCUGCCUGCGGAAGAUCUUCCCCGGCCUCUCGCCUGUGAGAAUCAUGAAAAAGGUCUCCAUGGAGCCGUCUGAGCGCCUGGCCAGUCUCCAGGCUCUGUGGGACAGCCAGACCGUGGCUGAGCAGGGGCCCUGUGGUGGAUUUUCUCAGAUGUAUGCCUGUGUCUGCGACUGGCUUGGAUUUUCAUACCGGGAAGAAGUGCAGUGGGAUGUGGAUACAAUUUAUCUAACACAAGAUACCAGGGAGUUGAAUUUACAAGACUUCAGUCACCUUGACCACAGGGACCUAAUACCUAUCAUUGCUGCACUGGAAUAUAAUCAGUGGUUCACAAAGCUGUCCUCUAAGGAUCUGAAACUGUCCACAGAUGUCUGUGAACAGAUCUUAAGAGUGGUGAGUAGGUCCAACCGACUGGAGGAGCUGGUGUUGGAAAAUGCUGGACUUAGAACAGAUUUUGCACAAAAGCUGGCCUUCGCUCUAGCGCAUAAUCCCAACUCAGGACUCCACACGAUCAACCUUGCUGGCAAUCCACUGGAAGACAGAGGUGUAUCCUCUUUAAGUAUUCAGUUUGCCAAACUCCCAAAGGGAUUAAAGCAUUUAAAUUUAUCUAAAACCUCAUUGUCACCUAAAGGGGUGAACAGCCUUUCUCAGUCCCUCAGUGCCAAUCCGCUGACUGCCUCCACCCUCACCCACCUGGACCUCUCAGGGAACGUCCUUCGCGGAGAUGACCUCUCGCACAUGUAUAAUUUUUUGGCCCAGCCAAAUGCCAUUGCUUAUCUGGAUUUAUCCAAUACAGAAUGUUCUCUGGACAUGGUCUGCGGUGCUCUGCUGCGAGGGUGCCUCCAGUACUUAGCUGUGCUCAAUCUCUCCAGAACUGUCUUCUCCCACCGGAAAGGAAAAGAAGUGCCCCUGUCUUUCAAGCAGUUUUUUAGUAGCUCUCUAGCACUGAUGCAAAUCAACCUUUCUGGCACAAAGCUAUCUCCUGAGCCCUUAAAAGCACUGUUGUUGGGCCUGGCUUGUAAUCAUAACUUGAAGGGAGUUUCACUGGAUCUCAGCAACUGUGAGCUGAGGUCAGGAGGAGCUCAAGUCUUAGAAGGUUGCAUUGCUGAAAUCCACAACAUCACCAGCUUAGACAUCUCCGACAAUGGUUUAGAAUCUGACCUAUCUACUUUAAUAGUGUGGCUCAGUAAAAACAGAUCAAUCCAGCACCUGGCGCUGGGCAAAAAUUUUAAUAAUAUGAAAUCCAAAAAUCUGACACCUGUCUUGGACAACUUAGUACAGAUGAUUCAAGAUGAAGACUCGCCUUUGCAGUCCUUGUCCCUGGCGGACUCGAAACUCAAGACUGAGGUCACUAUCAUCAUCAAUGCCCUGGGAAGCAACACCUCCCUGACCAAGGUGGACAUUAGCGGGAAUGGGAUGGGGGACAUGGGAGCAAAGAUGCUGGCCAAAGCCCUGCAGAUCAACACCAAGCUCAGGACUGUGAUAUGGGACAAGAACAAUAUUACUGCACAAGGCUUUCAAGAUAUAGCUGUUGCCAUGGAAAAGAACUACACAUUGAGAUUUAUGCCAAUUCCCAUGUAUGAUGCUUCUCAAGCCCUGAAAACAAACCCUGAAAAAACAGAAGAGGCUUUGCAAAAGAUAGAAAACUAUCUGCUGCGGAAUCACGAGACUAGAAAGUACCUUCAGGAGCAGGCCUACCGCCUCCAGCAGGGCAUCGUCACCAGCACCACCCAGCAGAUGAUUGACAGAAUAUGUGUGAAAGUACAAGAUCACCUCAACUCUUUGCGAAAUUGCGGGGGAGAUGCUAUCCAGGAAGAUUUAAAGUCAGCAGAACGGCUCAUGCGUGAUGCGAAGAACUCUAAAACAUUGCUACCAAAUCUGUACCAUGUUGGUGGUGCAUCUUGGGCAGGAACCAGCGGUUUAUUAUCCAAUCCCAUUCAGGAAACCCUGGAAUCGAUGGCAGGAGAAGUUACAAGAGUUGUAGAUGAACAACUAAAGGCUCUGCUUGAAUCCAUGGUCGAUGCUGCUGAGAACCUUUGUCCCAAUGUGAUGAGAAAAGCCCACAUUCGACAAGACUUGAUUCAUGCCAGCACCGAAAAGAUUUCCAUUCCACGUACCUUUGUUAAAAAUGUCCUGUUGGAGCAGUCUGGAAUUGAUAUCCUUAACAAAAUUAGCGAAGUGAAGCUGACGGUGGCCUCCUUCCUGUCUGAUCGGAUUGUGGACGAGAUCCUGGACGCACUCUCACACUGCCACCAUAAGCUGGCUGAGCAUUUCAGCAGACGUGGCAAGACCCUUCCUCAGCAAGACUCCUUGGACAUCGAACUGGCUGAGGAGAAGCCAGCAAAGCGCUCUCUCAUCACCAUGGAGGAGUUGACGGAAGUAGAGCGUUUGGAAGACCUGGAUACUUGUAUGAUGACUCCUAAAUCCAAAAGGAAGAGUAUCCACAGCCGGAUGCUGCGGCCUGUUUCCAGGGCCUUUGAGAUGGAGUUUGACCUGGACAAAGCGCUGGAAGAGGUGCCGAUUCACGUAGAAGACCCGCCCUUCCCAUCUGCCAGGCAGGAGAAGAGGAGCUCAGGGUUUAUCUCUGAGUUGCCCUCUGAGGAGGGCAGGAAGCUGGAGCACUUUACCAAGCUGAGGCCAAAGCGGAACAAGAAGCAGCAGCCCACGCAGGCGGCGGUUUGUGCUGCUGCCAUAGUCUCCCAGGAUGGGGAGCAGAAUGGUCUUAUGGGGAGAGUGGAUGAAGGUGUAGAUGAAUUUUUUACUAAGAAAGUGACCAAAAUGGAUUCCAAGAGGUCGUCUGCAAGAGGCUCGGAGUCCCAUGAUCUUAGUGAAGGAGGAGAUGAAAAGAAGAAGCGAGAUUCUCGGAAAAGCGGCUUUCUCAAUUUAAUCAAAUCCCGGUCCAAGUCUGAGCGCCCCCCGACGGUCCUGAUGACAGAAGAGCCCUCCUCCCCAAAAGGGGCCAUCAGAAGUUCAGCUGUAGACACCCCCAGGAAGGAGCCAAAGGCCACGGAGCACAAUGGGAAUUCAGACCGCACGGAGGAGCUGAGGACACCCGACUCCCUUGAAGAGAGCCCGGGCGAGGAAGCAGGACGUGUGGAGCGUGGGGACAGCAGGAGCAGCCCACAGGCGGGGCGCAGGUACGGCGUCCAGGUGAUGGGCAGCAGCCUGCUGGCCGAGAUGAAAGCCAAGCAGGAGUGGAGAGCUGCCUGCGCCCAGAAGAAGCUUGGGAAUGAUGCCAUGUCCCAGGAUUAUGCAAGCCCGGUGCUGAGCAGCAUGGAACGCCUGGAUGGAGCUGGAGCAGUGCCUAGACCGCACCCAGGCCUUCCAGAGAACCGCUUUGCUUUGGGGACUCCAGAGAAGAAUGCCAAAGCAGAGCCCAAAGCGGAAGUGAGCUCGAGAUCUCGCAGCUCUUCCUGCACGCCAACCAGCCCGAAGCCCCUCCUGCAGUCCCCCAAGCCCACCCUGGCAGCACGGCCCACCAUCCCGCAGAAACCAAGAACUGCCUCCCGGCCUGAGGAUGUCCCAGACUCUCCAUCUGGCCCUAGCUCUCCUAAAGUUGCUCUGCUUCCUCCUGUCCUGAAAAAAGUUCCCUCAGACAAGGAGAGGGAUGGGCAGAGUAGCCCCCAGCCCAGCCCCAGGACAUAUUCCCAGGAAGUAGUGCAAAGAGGAGAUUAUUACAAAAGACAUUCAGAUCAUGACAGUGGCAAGCCUUCCAGUAGAGGGAAAAGAUCUUCAAAACUGUCCUCCAUCAUUGCAGAAGAGGAAGUGAAUGCAAUUGGGCACAGGAGGUCACAGCCAACAAAUGUGUCAAGGAGGAGCUGGGGUCAACAGGCCCAGGAGUGUCAAGAGCAAAAGCAACAGUCCUCCAGUAAAGACGGCCUCCAAGGCAACAAAUCUAGUGACUCCGGAGAAGAAGCAGAAAAAGAAUUUAUUUUUGUGUAAAGGUUACCCAUGCCAAAGUCUUCCUGCGCAGGGAGCAUCUGUCCGUCAUGAGAGGAACCAAGGCCGACAGCUCUUCUUCCCUUCCCUUGAUGCUUUACUCUCUUCCUUCUGGUCUUUUAUUUCCUUCAUUCCUGCCCACUUCUUCCUCCACCCUUUCGUCCCUACUUCCUUCCUUCUGUUUUCAGAGUUUCGAAACAGAUCCAUUUUUUGAUUGUCAAAGCACAGUUUGGGGCUGCCCCUGACCCUUGGUGUUUGCUUUCUAAACACUGCUUCCUAUGCCUUCAGUGAAAGCCAGCAACUCUUCCUUGGGCCCUACUUGAAUUUCUCUGAGGCAGCUAGAGAUCGCCCUGCAAGCUGGGGUUUUGGAGGUUAAUGGAGUAACUGGACGCACGCUCGCACGAGUAACUCCAUCAGGAAGACAGGGGCCGCUGCUGAAGGUGUUCGUGUCCAAUCUGCACAUGACUCGGCGUAGCAAUUUACUCUUGAUGUAUGCAGUUGCACAUUGUAAUUAUAUUAACAGAGCACAUUAAUAAAUAAUUUGUAUAAAUUAUAUAUAUUAGAUCUCGGGUAUGGUUUUUACAUUCUCCCAUGGGGAACUAACUUGCUUCCUUGAUGUGGAAUUGUACAUUUUAAAGCUUGGUGAGUGGCCUUCGCAUACCGUGGAUAAGCACAGUCAGAGGAGAGACACCAGGCCCAACUCAGUGUACACACUGGAUUGGAAUGAGGUUUUAUGAAUAUUCAUGUUUUCCGAAGGCCUUUAAUUUCUGUCUGCAUAUUAGCUUUUAAUGUGUGAUUUGAAAAAAGAAUACUUUGACACCUGUAAAAUAAAUCAAAAUACUACCCUUUAUAUGACAUUUCACAAAUAUUCACUUACAUUACAGGCAGAAGGUAUAUUCAUAUGUAUAUUUAUACCAAUAAAAUGAUUUUACAAGUGGAA